AUGGCGUGUAGUGGUUAUAUGUCCCCAGAAUAUAUAUUACGUGGGCUCUUUUCAAUGAAAUCAGAUGUCUUUAGUUUCGGAGUACUUGUUUUAGAAAUAGUGAGUGGACAGAGAAACAGAAAGUUCCGACAUCCUAACCAUGCUCACAACCUUCUUGGACAUGCAUGGGAACUAUGGAUUGAAGGGAAUGCCAUCAAGCUAGUUGAUGAAAAGUUGGAAACUUCAACAAUGUUGAUGUUAGAAGUAAUAAAAUGUAUACAAAUUGGUCUUUUGUGUGUGCAACAACGCCCUGAAGAUAGGCCAACAAUGUCAUCUGUGGUGUCGAUGUUGGAUAAUGAGGGUGCAAUGCUGCCCCAUCCUAAACAACCCGGAUUUUAUACAAAGGGGAGCAGUGACGAGACAGAACUUACAUCAACUACUGGAAUAAAAUGUUCCACAAAUAAGGCAACUCUAACAAUUCUACUGGGUCGAUAA